CCACUGGCUGCAAGAAGAAGUCCGUUUCUUCUGACUCCACUUCUCACUUGAUUUCAUAACGUCAGGAAACAUCUCCUGCCGUCCAGUUUCAAGUCUCCUUCAAUACACGGUGCCCGGUUCCAGGUGGAGGUGGGCGCGCGGUGGACGAGCUCUCCGCCAGGCCCCGCCCCCGACGCUACAUCCGGUUGACAAACACCCCAACAUGGCGCCGGCCGGCGAAACUCGAGGCGUCGAGACGGAGGCUCACAAACCAACAGGCGACGACGACGACGACGACGGUGGGUUUCUACAGCUCACGGUUUGUAUCAGCUGGAUCAGUGUCUCAUUCGCAGAGCUGCUACAGGAGCGAGGAGAUGGACGUCAGCGAGGUGAAGCGUCCAGAUCGAUGGUGGAAAUGAGACUGGACACAGGUCAGAGUUGGCUCGCUCCCUCUCCGGCGCUCAGCACCUUCUCAGAUUCAUCAUCUCCUUGAUCGUUCCAUGAAAAACCGUCAAUCGGCACCGGACGGUGCUUCAGGGUUGUUGUCACAGUCCAGGAGGACAGCCCUCAGCUCCACCACCAGCACACCUCCCCUCGUGAGCGACGGGCCAUCCGCGACAACAUCUACAGGAACAAGCGCUGCCGCAUGGAAACCUGCUUUGACUUUGCUCGCUGCCAGUCAGGCUUCGGGGUCUACAUCUACCCGCCGCAGAGGGGCGACGAGAUCUCCGAGACCUACCAGAAGAUCCUGUCGUCCAUCGAGGAGUCCCGCUUCCACACCACGGACCCCUCCAGGGCCUGCCUCUUCGUGCUGGCCGUGGACACGCUGGACCGGGACCAGCUCUCGGCCCAGUACGUGCAGAACGUGAGGUCGCGCAUCCAGAGCCUGCCCACGUGGAACGAUGGCAGGAACCACCUCAUUUUCAACCUGUACUCUGGCACGUGGCCGGACUACACCGAGGACCUGGGCUUCGAGGUGGGCCAGGCCAUGCUGGCCAAGGCCAGCGCCGACGUGGUCAACUUCCGACCCAACUUCGACAUCUCCAUCCCCCUGUUCUCCAAGGACCACGCUCUGAAAGGAGGCGGGCUGGGCUACCUGCGGCUCAGCGAGGCGCCGCCCUCCAGGAAGUACCUGCUGGUUUUCAAAGGGAAGCGCUACCUCACCGGCAUCGGGUCGGAGACGAGGAACGCUCUGUAUCACAUCCACAACGGGGAAGAUAUCAUCCUGCUGACCACGUGUAAACACGGCAAAGACUGGGAGAGGCACAAGGACUCUCGCUGUGACCGCGAUAACGAAGAAUACUCAAAGUUCGACUACCAGCAGCUGCUCCAUAACUCGAGUUUCUGCCUGGUGCCUCGCGGCCGGCGCCUGGGAUCCUUUCGCUUCCUGGAGGCCUUGCAGGCGGCCUGUAUCCCAGUUAUUCUGAGUAACGGCUGGGAGCUUCCCUUCUCUGAGGUGAUCGACUGGAGGAAAGCCGCCGUCAUCGGGGAUGAGAGACUGCUGUUACAGGUUCCCUCCAUUACCCGGUCGGUGGGCCGUGACAGGAUCCUGGCUCUGCGCCAGCAGACCCAGUUCCUCUGGGACGCCUACUUUUCUUCUGUCGCCAAAAUCGUCUUAACUACUCUGGAGAUCAUCCAGGACCGCGUGGUCUCCCAUGUGUCUAGAAACCAGUUGUUGUGGAAUUCCCUCCCCGGUGGUCUCUAUGCACUGCCCCAGUACUCAACUGACCCUGCCCAGUUCCCUUUUUACUAUGCCAUACUGGGUAAGAGCCCGUCUCAGCAGUUCACGGCUGUGAUCCACGCGGUGACUCCUCUGCAGUCGCAGAUCUCCCCCGUGGUGAAGCUCAUCAUCGCUGUAGCCAAGUCCAAGUUCUGUGCACAGAUUGUGGUUUUAUGGAACUGUGACAAGCCUUUACCUCCUCGGAACAAGUGGCCCUCCACCAGCGUGCCUCUCACCGUCGUUGAAGGGCAGACCAAGACGAUGAGCAGUCGUUUUUUCCCCCACGACGUCGUCCUCACUGACGCUGUUCUCACUCUGGAUGAAGACUCGGUUCUCUCGACCAAUGAGGUGGAUUUUGCCUUUAUCGUGUGGCAGACGUUUCCGGAGCGCAUCGUGGGUUACCCGGCGAGGAGCCACUACUGGGACAGUUCCCGAUCCCGCUGGGGCUACACCUCCAAGUGGACCAACGACUACUCCAUGGUGCUCACGGGAGCCGCCUUCUUCCACAGAUACUACCACUACCUGUUCACCCACCACGUCCCCGCCAGCCUGCUGGCCAUGGUCGACCGCAUGGCCAACUGCGAGGACAUCCUGAUGAACUUCCUGGUCUCGGCCGUCACCAGGCAGCCGCCGAUCAAAGUCACGCAGAAGAAGCAGUACAAGGAAACCAUGAUGAGCCAGGGCUCCAAGGCGUCCCGGUGGGCCGACCCGGACCACUUCGCCCAGCGCCAGACCUGCAUGAACGCCUUCAGCCACUGGCUGGGCUUCAUGCCCCUGGUGCACUCCCAGAUGAGGCUGGACCCCGUGUUGUUCAGGGACCAGGUUUCCAUCCUGAGGAAGAAAUACAGAGACAUCGAGAGGCUGUGAGCGCACGAGGACACGCACGCACGCACGCACGCACACACACACACACCGUCACAAUCACUGACGGACAGUUGGUGAGAGGAGUGUGUGUGUGUGUGUGUGUGUGUGUGUGUGUGUGUUGAAGCUGAACAUUCUCGUGAGACUAUGAAUGAAAAACUCACAUAUGCACUGGACAUAAAUAUGAUAAAGCACUGAGGUGAGCAUAAUGCUUUUAACCGUGCGUUCCUACGAAGAAGAAGAAAAAAAAAUCUGAUUGCAUAUGCGCUAUGGACAACAGCGAGUGACUGUGCAUACUGUACCCACCCUCUGUGACCAAUCACAUGAAUACGAAUGCAUGGAUACACAUGCGACAAAGACGUGGACACCGUCGAGGCGGUCGUCCCCAAAGACAUCCAGUACGUGUUGCAUGGUUUGAAAAAGACAGCUGUUACUACGAGGACUUGAAAAAAAUAUGUAAUGUGUUUUAUUUAUUUUUUCAUAAUCUGAGAGAUACGUUUAUUGUGGAUAUUUGCCUGUUCGCAGUCGAAAGGUGUUGACAGUAUAUUGCUGGCAAAAAAAAAAAAAAAGGGUUCGAGAGAUCUACACGUUAUGGUAAUUAAUAAGUCAGAGGAGGUCAUGUUUGUACAGUACAGACAGGUUAUGGACUAAAGGGACCGCGAGACGCCCGGAGACGACGGAGAUGCGUCACUUUUAUUCUACUGUAGAUUUUGGACUGCAGCUCCUGUCUGUAUGAAGCGAAAGGAUAAUUAAACAAUGUUAUGGUAUAAGACAAGAAGCCAGGUCUCGGUUGUUCCGUCCUGGGUUGUGUGUUGUUUUUUUUAUCAUUUUGGACUUCCUGUAUCGAUUCCUUGGCGUAGACAGCAGGUGCACAGACGAGUCAGUGUCCUAUACAUUUGUAACAAUGAGAGUCCAUGAACAAGGUUUGAACCAAAUUAAUAAGAAAGAAAUUAAUUCGUACGAUAACAACAAAAAA